ACGAGCAGUAGUAGUAUAUAUUAUAUAUGUGACCAUAAACCAAGAGUUUGGAUUAUUAAGCAGAUUCCUAUUAAUAAUAGUGAAGUCGAAUGAUCGUUCGAUUCUUUCCUCAGCAGGCUAUAAACAUUUAACAUCCGAGACUGACUGAGUUCGCUCCUGAGCCGUCUGAUCUUUUUAAGCCUGGGAUCUUGACCGUCCAUUUUGGCGCCUUGCCUCAUAUCAUCUUGCUACGGAGCUUUGUGGUUGUGUCUCAACCAAUCAGGAGCCCCUGUCAACUGGUUUGCGUACCAAACAAGCAUACUCUAUUAUUUGUCGAAACCACAACACUCGGUCGUCUCAGAGUUCUAGUAAUCGUCCCUUAUUGAGUAAUGGCGGCUUCAGUGCAGUUGUACGGAGUUAAAACACCAGAACUCGCCUUUAUAAACUCAAAAAGGAUUCAUGAAGUUGGCUCAAAGGGGCUGAAUUUCUCAGCUCUCGUAUCUUCUGCUCGAGUAUUCUCUAGAAAGGUGGGUCAUUCGUCUUGUAAGAACAUGAUCGCCCUGAGAGUUACUUGUGAAGCUGCAAGGGUGGAGCUGCUAGAGAGAAAAGAAUAUGAGACUUUCAAGUUAAACAAAACAGAGAAAAAGUUGACUUGUGUAAUGAAAUUCGGUGGGUCAUCAGUGGCAUCAGCAGAGAGGAUGAAACAAGUUGCCAAACUCAUACUCAGCUUCCCAGAUGAGAAGCCUGUUGUUGUGCUAUCAGCAAUGGCAAAGACCACCAAUAAGCUUUUGAUGGUAAACAAAAGUGAACUCUCUUUCUCAAAUUCUCCUAUGUCCAGGACUGCUCAUGAGCUUGGAGUGGAUACAGAAGUUAUUGCAAACCACCUAGAAGGACUAGAACAGCUACUGAAAGGCAUUGCAAUGAUGAAAGAGUUAACUUUACGCACAAGAGACUACUUGGUUUCGUUUGGAGAAUGCAUGUCCACAAGGCUAUUUGCUGCCUACCUGAACAAAAUUGGGCAUAAAGCACGACAGUAUGAUGCAUUUGAGAUCGGGAUUAUUACCACAGAUGAAUUCACUAAUGCUGAUAUUCUUGAGGCAACAUACCCGGCGGUUUCAAAAAGGUUACUUGGUGACUGGAGCAAGGAAAAUGCAGUCCCCAUUGUCACAGGCUUCCUUGGAAAGGGAUGGAGAUCUUGUGCUGUAACUACGCUGGGUAGAGGAGGUAGCGAUUUGACUGCAACAACGAUCGGGAAGGCCUUGGGUUUGCGAGAGAUCCAGGUUUGGAAAGAUGUGGAUGGAGUUUUGACUUGUGAUCCAAACAUUUACUGCGGAGCUCAACCUGUUCCACACUUGACAUUUGAUGAGGCAGCUGAACUUGCUUACUUUGGUGCCCAGGUGUUGCAUCCACUUUCUAUGCGCCCUGCUCGAGAAGGUAACAUUCCUGUAAGGGUUAAAAACUCUUACAAUCCCACUGCUCCAGGAACCGUCAUCACCAGAUCAAGAGACAUGAGCAAGGCUGUAUUGACCAGCAUCGUUCUGAAACGUAAUGUUACCAUGUUGGACAUCACUAGCACCCGUAUGCUCGGCCAGUAUGGUUUCCUUGCCAAGGUGUUUUCCACAUUUGAAAAAUUGGGCAUAUCUGUGGAUGUUGUUGCAACCAGCGAAGUUAGCAUUUCUUUGACACUGGAUCCUUCAAAGUUCUGCAGCAGGGAGUUAAUUCAACAGGAGCUUGAUCACGUGGUAGAGGAACUUGAGAAGAUAGCUAUUGUAAAUCUGCUUCAACACAGAUCAAUUAUCUCUCUAAUCGGAAAUGUUCAGAGAUCAUCAUUCAUAUUAGAGAAGGGCUUCCGGGUUCUGCGAACCAAUGGAAUUAAUGUCCAGAUGAUCUCCCAAGGUGCAUCUAAGGUAAACAUCUCAUUGAUAGUGAAUGAUGAUGAGGCGGAGCAUUGUGUGAAGGCUCUCCACUCGGCCUUCUUUGAGACAGACACUUGUGAAACAGUCUCAGAACGCCCAUCUGGCUACAUCGCUGCCUCUUCACGAAACCCCUAGGUGCAACCUGCAAGGUCUAAAACUAGUUUGAUAUUAUGAUUCUUAUCAGACUGGUAUUAGGAAACAAAACUCCCACUCUCCUUGUAAUAUAAUGUAAUGUGAUGGAGAUGUACUGGAAAAUCAAUAAGUUUUCCUAUUUGAAUAUAUUACAACAUUAGUUAAGGUUACAAAAUCUCAA